CCGUCGCUAGAGUUCUCCCCCACAGCCCUGUAUAAGCAGUCCAAAAUCAUAGUCCACUUCAGUCCUCUCUGAGUCUCAGCUUUGGAGUUGGACUUUUCGUCUCUUUCUUCUGUUUACGGAUGAAUAUAUAUAUAUAUAGAGAGAGAGAGAGAGAGAGAGCUAUACCUAAUUAGAAUCGACGGAGAGAUGGAUGGUGGCGGCCUGAGCAUGGAAAACGAACAGCACCCUUUGCAGCCUCGGCCUUGGAAGAUUGUGGCGGUUGCUGCCAUAGGCGCCGGCGUUCAGUUCGGCUGGGCGCUGCAGUUCUCUCUCCUCACUCCAUACGUCCAGCUUCUCGGAAUUUCCCACAAAUGGUCGUCCUUCAUUUGGCUCUGCGGUCCCAUCUCCGGCUUGGUCGUCCAGCCACUCGCCGGCUACUACAGCGACCGCUGCACCUCCCGCUUCGGCCGCCGCCGCCCCUUCAUAGCAGCGGCUGCGGCGCUAGUCACUUUUGGAGCAAUCCUCAUUGGCUUCGCGGCCGACAUCGGGCGGCUCGCCGGCGACCAACUCGGCCACACCACCAAGCCCCGGGCAAUUUCCAUCUUCAUCGUCGGGUUCUGGGUACUCGAUGUUGCCAACAACAUGCUGAUGGCGCCCUGCAGAGCCUUCCUUGCAGACCUCUCGGCCGAGGACCAGCGUAAAACUCGUAACGCGAACGCAGCCUACUCGUUCUUCUGCUCCGCAGGCAACGUCCUCGGCUGCGCCGCCGGGUCGUUCUCCCACCUCCACAACCUCUUCCCUUUCGCUUCCACCAAAGCCUGCGAUGUCUACUGCGCCAAUUUGAAAAGCUGUUUCUUGAUAUCCGUUACGCUGUUGCUCAUUCUAACUACACUUGCUCUUACCACCGUACGUGAAGAAGCAAUAGUUAUAGAAGGAAUUGAGAAGAAUGGCAAAACGGCGGCGUUCUUCAAGGAAUUAUUCAGUGCUUUGAAGGAGUUUCCGAGAUCGAUGUGGAUUCUGUUGCUGGUGGCUUCUGUGAAUUCGUUGGGCUGGUUCUCUUUCCUGCUCUACGACACCGAUUGGAUGGGGCGGGAGGUGUACGGCGGGGCGGUCGGCGGAAAGCUAUACGACUCGGGCGUGCAGGCCGGGUCACUGGGGCUGAUGCUGAACUCGGCGGUGGCGGGGGCCACGGCGAUGGCGGUGGUGCUGGUUGCGCGAGGCGUCAGGGGAGGGAACCGCCUGUGGGGGUGCUCCAACAUUUUGCUCGCUGUUUGCAUGGCAGGGACGGUGUGGAUCACCAAAGUUGCUCAGUCCUAUCGGCGGCAUGCGGCGGCGAGCAGCGGCGGGUCGACUCCUUCCCCUCCUGCCCCGGGCGUCAAGGCGGCGGCGCUCAUCCUCUUCGCCGUGCUGGGCAUUCCUCAAGCGGUGAAUUCCACCAUUCCGUAUGCGCUCGCAUCAAUCUAUUCGUGCACGUUCGGCGGCGGACAAGGUCUGUCUAUCGGUGUCCUCAACAUAUCUCUAGUUAUACCACAGUUGCUGCUGUCGUUAACGAGUGGGCCAUGGGACGAGGUGUUUGGAGGCGGCAACUUACCAUCAUUUGUGGUGGGAGCCAUUGCAGCCGCCGCGAGCGGCUUCUUGGCGCUUACGUUGCUCCCGUCGCCGCCACGCCCUGAGGAUCACCAGCUGCUGGCUUGAAGAUCCCUGUUGCUGCUUCACACUGAGAUAUUAUUGUUUAGGAGUUAAUUAUUAGCUAGGACGCUCGGUAUUAAUUAUGCUUGAUGUUGCUACCAAAUUCUACUGCUUGUAUUAAACCUGGGGCAUUAUUUAUGUAUAUAUAUAGCAGCACAUAAAUAACUACGUACUAUUCAUUAAACUAUACACAAAACUCGUUAA